CAACCCUCAAGAUACGUGUAUUUGUAACAACCCUUCGACCAAGCCCUUCACAAAACGCAGGCGUUGAUUUUUAACGUUCGUUUCACGUUCCACAAAUACUCCACAAGGCAAACUUUCGGUGAGGAGUUCGUCUAAGUUGAUACAUACAUAUGCACAUACUCGUAUGUACAUAUGUUUUCACAUAUCAAGAAGAUAGUAUUGAUUUUUCGUACAUCAAUUUGCGUGCGUUUCACGGUGAUGCUGAUUCAUACUUUUCGCUAAAUACGUGUUGGAAAAUUUACAAAUAUUCGUGUUCAUUUGAGGGUAUCUUAAUUCCAUGAGAUUGCUGAUAUUAAAAAGUGUGGAAAAUUGUACAUGCAAUAAGUAGUUUACAUAAUAGAACGGACAUAAUCCCAAAGGGGCUGGAAUUAACUGUUUUUAUUAUUUAACAACUUUCAAUUUAUCAAACAUAUUACAUUUGAAAGUGAGAUCUGCAUUGACCUUUUCAAAGGAUUCCAGUUAAGACUGCGAAAGUAGUCGAGAUAAUCAAGCAGGCGGUAGAUUGGGAAGUUAGUGACUGAUACCGUAAACAAAAUGGCUUUGGACUUUGUGGCGACGUAUAAAGUUCUUGUGCUUGGUGAUUCGAAUGUGGGUAAAACUUGCAUUGUUCACAGAUAUUGUGACGAGAAAUAUUAUGAUACAUACAUCUCUACUAUAGGCAUCGAUUUUAAACAGAAACUGAUCAAUUUGGAUGGCGUGCCAAUAAAGCUACAAAUAUGGGAUACAGCUGGACAAGAGAGAUUUCGAACUUUGACAACAGCUUAUUAUCGUGGCGCGAUGGGCAUUCUCUUGAUGUACGAUGUGACGAACCUGGAGAGCUACAAUAAUUUAUCCUAUUGGCUGCGAAAUAUUCAAGAGAAUGCGUCGCCGGACGUUGUGAAAGUCUUGGUGGGAAAUAAAUGUGAGUGUUCUGCUACACAAAGAGCGGUAGAUAAGGAAAGAGGUGAAAAGAUUGCUGAUAACUUUGACAUGCCCUUCUUUGAGGUAUCCUGCAAAUGCAAUAUUAACAUUGAAGAGGCAUUCCUAGCACUAGCAAGAAAAAUCAGAGAACAACGUGAACGACGGGGGGAUAAUUUUGAUAAUGAGGAAAAGAGCCAAGACAAAAAAUCGCCCGGUUCCAACGGUCUUGGCACAUUCAGCUUGGCCAGCUUGUCCGAAGGCAACCGUUGUUCCUGCUAAGCCGAACAGAAAUAUUCCACAUACUCAUAAGGAAUAAUUCGUCCAGAAGAGUGCUAAAGUGGAAUUCCAAGAUGAAAAAACCUACACCCACAUGACCAAGUGUGGCAAACGGUGCCACGGAUGGCAACGCAAACGUACUCUCAGAUGCAGGUCCAAUCGUCAUAGGCAACUUAGUCCAUAGAAAAUUUGUUGAAGGGGAAUAUGGUUGUUAAUCACUAAACUUUCUAUGCGAAUCGUUAUAUUUUGAGGAGUUUUUGAGUUUUGUUACAUAUACUCGUAGUUGUGUAUGUAUGUAUAUAGCGUUUUAGAUGGUUCCAACUAAUUUUGCGAAAGCAUAGUUAAUUUAAUUUGAUUUUAUUCCUUAGGAGAAUUUUUCGAUAUAUUGGUAUAAUACAUAAGUGCUUUCAAGAGCCGGUUUGAGGUAAUCCAUUUAGGCCGAUGGCAGAUAGAACUCGACCUCCGCAUGAGUCCAUAUACAUAACUAUCCGAACAUUUCCUACAUAAGCAACGCUGACGGCAAAGAAACCAAAAAAGGUUCUUUUCAUAAUUUAUCCAUGAGUUCUACAGCUUUGGAAAACUUUACACAAAUUUCAAUAAUUACUUUAUAAAAUAGAUGUUUUUAAUUUUUUAUUGAAAAAUAAUUGAAGAUUGAAUAUUUUUGUUUUAUAAUGUUGACGUUUUCAAAUUGUUGGCAAAAUUGGAAAUGUCACGAAACGCCAAAAAGUUGUAUCUGUCAUCGGGUUAAUGGCCAAACAAUUUUGCUUCGGCGAGAGAUACAUUCAUAUGUAUGUAUGUACACACGUAAAUGUAUAAGCGCUAAUAAAACAGGGGUAUUAGCCUGGGAAAUGCAACAAUUACACGAUUUUCCUUUCAAUUGGAAAUUGGCAUUAUAAGAGAGUUUGAGGCGAGUUGAAGCGACUCAUUUGUUUUUAACGAACUCUUCACACCGUCUCGAAUACAUUUGUGAAACGCAACUUUCUACAUUUUUUAUUUUAUCUAUAUAAAAAUAAUGGUUAUUUCACAAAAGAGGAUAUAUGUAUAUUCUCGAAUCGUCAAAGGACAGAAAAAAAAUAUCACAUCGCCAAUAACUCGAAAAAUUUGUCACACUCGAUUCGCUAACAUAAAUAGGUGACUCUCUCACAAAUUCGAAUUCGAUCAUUUUUUGUAGGAAAAUAUCAUCUCUAUAGUUCUUCGAACUCAGUUUUAUUUGGAAACAAAAUCUUAUGCAUGUGUAUACAUGUACAUACAUAUGUGCUAAUAUUUAAAAUGCAUUAAAAAAAAAAAACUAAAUAAUAGUUGUAAAACAAAAUCCGUACUUAUUAAGUAGUUAAGCCUAAUUAUUACUCCUUUGUACAAAAGGAAAAUAUAAUGAUUGAGACCACCUAAGAGAGCUAAAAAUUCGCAACCAUAUUCGAGUUUUUAUUUUAAUUUUGUAGAACUAGAGAUUUCAGUAAAAAAAACAUGUAUGUACAUACAUACAUAUAUAUUUUAAUAAUAGGCACAAAUAUAAAGCGAAUGAGAAUUAAGGAUUACAAAAAAAAA